GGCAGUGACCAGCAGCCGAAAGGCAGGAAGCUGUGGGGGCUGGUGGUUUGCCAUCACACAAGCCCGAGGUUCGUCCCCUUCCCGCUCAGGUAUGCUUGCGAAUUCCUCUUGCAAGUGUUCGGCAUACAGCUCAACAAGGAGGUGGAACUUGCUUCUCAGGCAAAGGAGAGGCACAUCCUCCGCACGCAGACCCUUCUAUGUGAUAUGCUCCUCCGGGAUGCUCCUGUUGGGAUAUUUACCCAGUCCCCCAAUGUAAUGGAUCUGGUGAAGUGCGAUGGUGCAGCAUUGUGUUACCAAAACCAGAUUAUGGUGCUGGGAUCAACACCCUCUGAAGGAGAGAUAAAGAAGAUUGUCGCGUGGCUGCUGGAGUGCCAUGAUGGCUCUACUGGGCUAAGUACGGACAGCUUACUGGAAGCAGGCUAUCCUGGUGCGUCUGCGCUCGGUGAGGUUGUCUGUGGCAUGGCAGCUAUAAAGAUCUCUUCCAAAGGUUUUAUCUUCUGGUUCCGGUCGCACACGGCAAAGGAGAUCAAGUGGGGUGGAGCUAAGCAAGAACCAG